AUGGAUCUGAAGUUUUCGGAGGAGGAGACCAUGUCUUUGGGGAGAGACACAGAAUCGGAUGCGAUGAGGAUAGAGCAGAACUAUGGCGUUGAGGUCCCACGAGCCCUCAUGGGCCAUCGACAACUGGUUAGUGACGUCACGGGGCCGCAAUAUCUCAGGAGAAAGGAUGGCGAGAUCGUUGCGGACAACGGCAUCGACUCGGAGCACAGGCAUCCGUACCGCUACAAGGAAUCUUACGACCAGCUUCCACCAUGCAACACCCUCUACAUCAGGAACUUGAGGGAGCGUGUGAAACCUAGGCGGAUGCGAGAGCUCUUGUACGCUGUGUUCUCCCAGUACGGCAAGAUCCUCGACGUAAGGGCGCUCAAGACGCAGAAGAUGCGAGGACAGGCCUUCGUGUGCUUCGACGAGCUGAAGGCGAGGGAGCAGCUGGAACAUGUGCAGGGCCAGUCGAUGCUGACGCCAUGUGCUUGUCAGGAUGCUGUGCAUGCUAAGGAGGAGCUGAACGGAUUUUCAUUCUUGAACCGGACGCUAGUCAUCCAGUUUGCCAAGAGUCCGAGUCAUGCACACCUCAAGAAGGAUGGAACUUACUCAGAGAUGAUGCAGCAGAUCCGAUCUGAGUACUGGUCCAAUCACAGUUUGACUAUCAGGAAGUCUGUGGAAACCGCCCUGGAGUCGAAGGCGAACACCUCUUCCGUCGCUCAGCUCAACAUCCUCGAGGACGACUGGCUCUUGUCGCAACACGGCUAUAAGCUGAGCAAGGAGCCCUCUCGCCAUCUCCUCAUCACCAACUGCCCUGCCAACAUCAUCGAGCAGGACGUUUUGGAUGUCCUCGGGCAGUUCGAGGGGCUGAUCUCCGUGGAGAAGAUCUCGGGAGCUGUUGCGUUCAUGGCUCACUACGAGGAGAAGGAUACUGCGUCGGAGGCGACGGAGGCGCUGGAGGGAUUCUUCUUUCCCGAGGAGCCGGACUUCAUCAUCCGCCUACACUACAUCACCUCCCUUCACCAAUGA